AUGCGCGCGAAUUUUCCGCUUUUAAUUCGCUCCACUACAAGCUGCAAAAAUGCAGCUAUCGAAAAGAUAAAAACUAGUGGUGGGAUCGCUGCCGAUCUGUACUUGGAUCCAUCAAAAUGGCAGCGUUUGAAGCCCGACCAAAUAUUCGGUUUGUACAGGGAAAGAAUGGUCAAAUUGGGCUCUCAAUAUAAACCUUGUAAAGAGGAGCUCAACGCACUCUUGUCGACUUCAGAACACACGGGAGUUCCUGCCGCGUCUAUCCGUUCCUUGUAUUAUGGCGGGGAAGAAGCUGCUCACAGUCUUGCAGGAAGCAACAUGCAAAAUGAUUAUCGUCCUACGCCGUUUAUGUUCGACGAUUUGCCCUCCCAGGCACAGACUUUGGUACAACAACAUCGUGAGCAAAGAUUUUACAACAGAUUGGCAGCAUACGAGCUUCCUUCUCUGGUACAGUACCGUCAGGAGUACAAGAGACCUUCGCAACGCACCAAUCCAGUCACCUACCGCUACACCACUUACAUUGGUGAAAACCAUCCAAAUUCGCGGAAAGUGGUUCUUAGCUUGAAAACCAAAGAUCUGGAGCUCAACGACAAGGAAGUCCAUAAGUUCCGUCUAUUGGCCCGCACACGCUACGACCAUCUCACAGAUGUCUUCAAAAUGUCUUCUGACAGAUACCCAGAAGCAGCUCAGAAUGCACGUUAUUUGAGUGAUACUUUACAGGCUCUCAUCAAAGAGGCUAAGAAUCUGGAGGAUGAUUUUUCAGAUGUUCCUUUGGACACCAGACAUACAACAGCCAAAAACCUGCGUAAAAACACGCGCAAUUACAAGUUCCCUGAAGAGUGGAAAAGGCCACAAGAUGCACCAAAGGAGCUGGUAAACCUCACUGGAUUGUUACAGGAACAGCUUCAGAAAUAA